AUGAGCAGCUCAAUCGAGCCGAAAGCGGAAGAAGACGAAGACGGCGAAGGGGAAGGAGAGGAUGAUGAGAGUGAAGACGAUGUCGAGAUCAUCAUGGAACCCACCUCACGCUCACUUGACCUGCGACCACAAAAUCGACUGGGUGCUCACCGUCCUGCAAAUUCUACAUCCACUCCCACAAAAGCUGGACCUCAACCACCAGGUCCAUCACUCACGACUGAGUAUACGCCGCGCGAACGCGGCGGCCCGCUAAAACCUGCCACCGAUGCCUCGCAAAACGCCUCACAAAUCACCUCAUCAACAUCCCAAACAUCUUCUGUCCAUGCGCCUGUUCCAGACUCAUCCCAGUCUAAAGUGGAAGAUGGGCCUGAUCCUUCCACAUUACCCCCCGUUACUGCACCCCCUUCUCAUCCGUUGAUCAACCCGUCAAUUCCUGGAACGCUCGAUGGACGCUCGAUUCUUGAAGUCGACAUCGCAAAUAUGGCGGAGAAGCCAUGGAGACGCCCAGGCUCCGAUAUCAGUGACUGGUUCAAUUAUGGGUUUGACGAAAUAAGUUGGGAGGCGUAUUGUUUCCGCAGGCGAGAGGUUGGAGACUUGGCUGGUGUUCUGAAGGCAAAUGUUCUGAACUUCGCUGGGAUGCCAGAAGACCAGCUCACACAGCUCCCUCCCGAGAUUCGCACCAUGGUCAUGGCGGGGUCGACUGCUAUGAUGGCAAAUGGUGGGGGUGGCCAGAUGAUGCCAGGCAUGAAUGGCAUGAUGGGACCGGGAGAUAUGAGCAUGCAGGGGAUGAUGGGCCCUAUGAUGGUCGGGAUGGGUGGUGACAUGGGUAUGGUCGAUGGCUCAGGGCAAGUACAGAAUCCGCAACAAGAGCAAGUUAUGGGCGAGGGAUAUCCACAAGGGGGACCGCCCGGGGGUAUGAAUAUGAAUGGAAUGGGGAUGGGCCCCGAGUACGGCAUGCAGGACCCAAAUGCUAUGCAGGCGCAGAUGUAUCCCAACAUGGAGGCACCUGCAGCGCCCCCGCCAGUGCCCGUUGGGAGUGGACCUCGCGGUGGCACGCCGAACCAGUUCAGAGGGAGGGGAAUAAAUCCAGGGCCUCGCGGUCGCGUUGGGUAUGCUCCCAGAGGCAGAGGCCCUCCAAAUGUGCCUGUUCGACCUGCUUCCCCGCUUCCACCUAACGUGCCCACCGGGCCUCGUAACCAGAACAAAUACAAGGAUCGGGAUAAUAAUGCCCAGGCGGUUGAUGGUUUGGACUAUGGCGGAGGCCAGGACAGAGGCGGUAGUAUGCCGCUAGGCGAACACGAUGAGAGGGUCGGUCGCAAGCGUCGAGAGCGAUCGCCAAGCGAUGACAGGAGAGACUCCAAGAGACGCUGACUGUUUGCGAGUCACAGUAGGGAUUGUGUGUACAUUAUGUCAUGCUUAUAUCUGUUCUUCCUCCCAUAAUUUCUUGGGCUACUCUUCUGUUUUAUUCCCAGUUCAGAUGAUAGAAUAGUGUGCCAUC